UUGAAAUUUUAUUAUAUUUAGAUAUAUAUUUAAAUGUUACCAUCUUUAUUAUGAAGUAAGCAAUAUAUUUAAGGGGUUCUCAUAUAACAAUUCAGUUAUUCUUAAAAUUUAGAACCCCUGAUAUGUCAUAAACAACGAAGAUGGCUUACAGUCAACAUUUUGUUAAUUGUAUAUGUAGAUAUGAUAUAUGUUACUAUUUACGAAAUUUUUAAUUCUGCUCAAUAAAAAAUUAAAAUCUGAUUAAAAUUAUGGCUCAAGCGAAACUUAAUUCGCAAGAAGAAACAAGUAGCACGCUAAAUGAUAAAGAGAAAGAAACUGAUGAAAAAGAAGGCUCAACAACAGUAUUAGAAUGUGCAGUUUGUCUUCAACCAUGUAUAUAUCCUGCAAGAUUACCUUGCAAUCAUAUAUAUUGUUAUCUAUGCGUCAAAGGUGUUGCAAAUCAAAGUAAAAGAUGCCCUAUGUGCCGUCAAGAAAUUCCUCCUGACUUUCUUAAUAGACCACAACUAGUGGAAGUAGAUGAAACACAAAAGGAAUCAGAACAUUUUGAAGAAGAGUAUCAAUGGUUUUAUGAAGGCAGAAAUGGUUGGUGGAAAUAUGAUUCAAGGACCAGCCGGGAUUUGGAGGAUAUUUACAACCUAGGUUGGUGGCAAUAUGAUCAACGUACAAGUCAUGAAUUAGAAACUGCAUAUAAACAAGGCAAACGGAAUUGUGAAUUAUUAAUCGCAGGAUUUCUUUAUAUUGCUGAUUUUGGUUCAAUGCUUCAGUUACGUAGAAAUGAUCCCUCUAGGCGAAGAAAGAUUAAGCGUGAUUUAUAUAACGUACCGAAAAAAGGAGUUGCAGGUUUAAGAUUAAAUAAUCAAGAUGAAGAAAUUACUAGAGAAGUAAGAGGAGCAGAAAGACCAGCUAGUCCUGCAAGUGAUGAUAUGGGUAUAAUAAUUAGCACCGGAGAUGGUACAAAUACUCCAGUACCUCCAAGUAAUACACCACAAACACCAGCUGGUGGAACAGCAAGUGGUGAUGCUACACCCCUAAAUGACAGAAUGGAACAAAGAGACUCUUUACAUCAGGUAUUAGAACAAAUGCGUUCCUUAGUUCUGAGAGAACAUUUAUCUUCAGAUACAGAUGAUGAAUUAGAGGAAGAUGAAGAAAGUGAAUCACCUUCCACUCAUCCUACAUUAUAAUGACUACAAACAUCUAAUAAUUCCUAUACAUCAAAUGAAGAUCAUUUUCAAAAAAUUUAAUUUAUUGAAAUAAAUGUGGCAUUCUAUUAAGUAAAAAAUAUAGUAUAAUAAAUUUGUGUACAUGUUCAAAGAUACAAAACAUUUAUAUGUACUGUAAUGUACUGAUAUGCAAUCUGUACAUUACUCUGUGAUUUUAUUAAAAACAAAACAAUUAAGUACAAUUAAGUCUUUCACAAUUAAAUGAUUAUUAUUAUUUCAGUAA